CUUAUGUCCAGAACGCAACAAGCGAACGACGACUAUGUUUACCGAAGUGGAAGACCCAACUUCAGUCGAAUAUGUAUAGAAUAACGGUACUUAUAGCACACCGCAAGCAACACGAAGCGCGUAACAAUAUUUACGAGUAUUGCUUAGUAUUUUAGGUAUACACAUUCACGCACAUGCAUAUGCAUAUAUAGUAUAUAUAUAAUAUAACAAUGAAACGUCGCACAUCACACACGCACACAAACUCGCACACGCACUCGCAUACAACCCAACACAGCGAGAAAUCCACUGCACACAAGUAUAAAGUAGCUGAGACAGGUCCGGUAGGUAAGAGGGGGUUUGCUCGAUCAGUACUCAGACAGGUGUCAUGCGAAGUGUCACGAUAUGAGGGAGCCACCGCUGUAGAGCCCAAUGCCAUAGAAACACUGACAGAUGUGCUGGAACGGCUUAUACUGGAAAUAGCUAUAUCAGGCAGAGCUUAUUGUGAGGGUGCCGGGAGGACACAGAGUAACCUGUUAGACGUGAGGAUGGCGUUGUCGGAUUUGGACUUGGAUAUAGGCUCCUUGCAUGAGUAUGCUAGGACUGCUGAACAGGGAACUCUGGGCGAGAUAGGUAU